UUUGUGAGCGUCCAGAUAAGACCGCGCAUAGCCUAGUCCUCAGAAGACGCAGCCUACAGUUUAGUCAGUCAUCAUGGAUUAAAAAUCACCUGUAGCACUUCCCCAGCUGUUUGGACAUCAUUCCGGUAACCGGAGGUACGACCCUGACCCACACGAUUGUCUCGGAGGUCCUGUUCCUCAGCUGGACUCGCCGUCUGCCAUGAAAAAGAAUGAGAGGUACAGCCCUGUCCCCAGCAGCGACAAAGAGGUGGAUAUCAUCGAUAUCAAGGGCAUCGAAGACAUCGGAUAUGUCCAGCCAGAUGCCAUUCUCCUGAACUCCCUGACCCCCGAGGAGAACACGCGAUGCCGCCACGGCCUCUACUUCCAGGACGGCCAGCGGCGCGUGGACUACAUCCUGACGUACCACAUCAAGAAGCCCAGCAGCUCGCGCUCGCGUCGCUCCUCUCGCCUCACCGACAACGCCUUCACGCGCAGCCUGCGCCGCGGCCGGACACAUCUUCCACCGCAGCACCCUCCUCCACCGCCCUCGCCGCCGGCCAAGGGAGACCCUGAGGCGGGCGCCGCCGCCGACCACAGCCUGGACUACCACGAGGACGACAAACGGCUCCGCCGCGAGGAGUUCGAGAACAACCUGAGGGAGAUGGGACUGGAGCUGGAAAACGACGAAGAUACAAAAACUCACGGCGUGGGCUUUGUGAAGAUCCACGCUCCCUGGAACGUGCUUUGCCGAGAGGCAGAAUUCAUGAAGCUGAAGAUGCCCACCAAAAAGGUUUAUGAGGUGAAGCAGAGCAGUAGUGUGGUGGAGAAGAUCAACACGUUCAUCCACAAAGUCACAGACCCACUCCACCCCAACGUGGAGGAGAACAGGGCCCAGAAAGUCAAGCACCUCUCGUAUCCCUUCUCCAGAGAAAAGCAGCACCUGUUUGACCUGUCAGACAAGGACUCCUUUUUUGACAGUAAAACUAGAAGUUCAAUAGUAUUUGAAGUCUUGAAACGUACCAAAUGCACUAAGGCCAAAUAUAGCAUGGGGAUAACCAGUCUGCUGGGGAGUGGGGUUUACAUGGCAGCCUAUCCCUUACAUGACGGAGAUAUAGAUGGAGAGAAUGUGGAGCCCAAUGAUAGGAAGCUUCUGUACGAAGAGUGGGCGAGCUACAGUGUCUUCUACAAAUACCAGCCCAUUGGCCUGGUCAGGAAGUACUUUGGCGAGAAGAUUGGCCUGUAUUUCGCGUGGCUGGGAGUCUACACCCAGAUGCUCAUCCCGGCCUCGCUCGUCGGGGUCAUUGUGUUUCUGUACGGAUGUGUGACGGUGGACGACGACAUUCCCAGCAUGGAGAUCUGUGAUGACAGGGAGAACAUCAUCAUGUGCCCCAUGUGUGACCGCGUGUGCAGCUACUGGAACCUGAGCACGGCCUGCAGCACGGCGCGGGCCAGCCACCUGUUCGACAACCCCGCCACCGUCUUCUUCUCCAUCUUCAUGGCCCUGUGGGCCGCCAUGUUUAUGGAGCACUGGAAGAGAAGGCAGAUGCGCCUCAACUACGAGUGGGAUCUGACAGGCUACGAGGAUGAAGAGGAAGCGCUAAAGGACCACCCACGAGCGGAGUACGAGUUCCGAGUCAUGCAGAAGUCAAAGAGGAGGGAGCUCAAAUCACAAAAGACUGAGAAAGAGAAGCUGACGUGUAGAGACAGACUCCCAGCUUACAUGACCAUUGUCGUCAUGAUGCUUUUAAUGAUUGGGGUGACAUUUGCUAUUGUGUUUGGAGUCAUCCUGUACAGGAUAUCCACCAAAGCCGCACUGCACAUGAGCUCCAACCCCACCACGCGCUCCAACGUCCGGCUGACGGUCAAGGCCACCGCCGCCAUCAUUAACCUGGUGGUCAUCCUCAUCCUGGAUGAGGUGUACGGGGCCGUGGCUCGAUGGCUCACUGUGCUCGAGGUGCCUAAAACAGACAAGAGCUUUGAGGAGAGACUGAUCUUCAAGACCUUCAUCCUCAAGUUUGUGAAUGCUUUCACGCCCAUCAUAUAUAUCGCCUUCUUCAGAGGCAGACUGGUUGGCCGCCCAGGCAGUUACGUGUACGUUUUUGAGUCAUACCGAAUGGAAGAGUGUGACCAUGGAGGAUGUUUGAUGGAGCUGUGCAUUCAACUCAGUAUUACCAUGCUUGGAAAACAGCUUAUUCAGAACAACCUGUUUGAAAUUGGUGUCCCCAAGCUGAAGAAGCUGAUAAGGUACAUCAAGUCCAAGCGCGGCUCGUUUCAGGAGGAGGAGCGGGAGAAGAAGCUCCAGCGCUACGAGACUGACCACUUCCUGGACCCGUUCGCCGGCCUCACGCCAGAGUACAUGGAGAUGAUCAUCCAGUUUGGUUUUGUCACCUUGUUUGUGGCUUCCUUCCCCCUGGCACCACUGUUCGCUCUGCUCAACAACAUCAUCGAGAUCCGUCUGGAUGCCAAGAAGUUUGUGGCUGAACUCAGGAGGCCCGUAGCAGCCAGAGCGAAGGACAUCGGGAUCUGGUACAAUCUUCUCAGAGGCGUGGCCAAAGUUGCAGUAAUUGUGAAUGCGUUCGUCAUCUCCUUCACGUCCGACUUCAUCCCCCGGCUGGUCUACCAGUACAUGUACAGCAGCAACGGCUCCAUGCACGGCUUCGUCAACCACACGCUGUCCUACUUCAACGUCUCCCACUUCCAGAACGGCACGGGGCCCAUGAACCCCCUGUACCAGGGCGACCGCGUGGACAUGUGCAGGUAUAAGGACUACAGGGAGCCUCCAUGGGCCCAGGCACCUUACGACAUCUCCAAAGAGUUCUGGGCAGUGCUGGCUGCUCGACUGGCCUUCGUCAUUGUCUUCCAGAAUGUGGUGAUGCUGAUGAGUGACAUAGUGGACUGGGUCAUCCCCGACAUCCCCAAAGACAUCAGCGUUCAGAUCCACAAGGAGAAGAUCCUGCUGGUGGACCUGUUCAUGAAGGAGGAGCAGGGCAAGCUGCAGGUGCUGGACAGCAUGAUCUCCCACGCCGGCAAAGAGAACAGCAACACCAACAACCACAGCCCAGUGGCCCGCUCCCGCUCAACCCCCCACGCACACACCAACAACUACUAGCGUCCAGCCACCUACGUGUGUGUGUGUGUGUGUGUGUGUG